UUUGCAAUACCGUCCCCUGUGCACAGUGUAGGACUCCCCUUGCUCCGUAUAAGCGGCCGAGGCCAAGCACAGCUGCCAUGAAUGGCUGAAUGGUAUGAAGGUAUAUAUUGACUUAAGUUUUCUGUGUGUGAGAGAGUCUAUCAAUAUUUGAUGUGUAACAAAAGUAUUCAGAUGGACUGGGAGAUAGACUACAAAAAAAAAAAAAAAAAACAGAAAUCACCGCAGUUGUAAAAGUUCAAGGGACAUUAUAGCCAUAAAACCAUAAUAAUAAAACUUCUGAAGUACUAACAAAAAUGGUCAAUUAUUUUUCUGUGCCAUAGACAUGUAGAAAUCGCAUACAUUUGGUGUACAGUCAAAUUGUUUUAUUGGGAGAGCUUUAUGGAAGUCUUCAUCAGGAGUUCGUGUCUCUUUAAGCGAGGCACUGGCAGUUUAGGCUGGGACACCUUGAGAGAGUAGUUACAGGGAUCUAUAGGGAGUUAGCAGGCAGCCCUUUAGUUUUUUGCUAGACUGUAGGUUGGGCUGAAUGCUGCACAUUAGUAAGACAGGGAGGUAUUAACCUCAGAUGGGAGGGGCUCAGGCAAUCUGCAGGCAUUUCAGCUAAGGCAGGUCUCCUUCAUCUCUUUACUUAAAAACUAUCCAGCCAGCAACUUGCACUUCCCAGCACACCAAUGUUGGAGACUGUAUAACUCCUAUUGCCUGAGAGGGAGAACUGAGCUAGGCGACCUUGUAAAGACACUUUUUUUUUGCAUUAUAUAUACAUAUAUAUAUAUACAGUAUAUAUGGGCCUUUGCAUGGAAAGAAGCUGGAUUUGACUUGGGUUGUGCAUGAUCCUGUGGAAUACCCCUUUCAUGAGUAGUAUCGUUGUCAUGGAUUCUUUUAAAGGGGGCAUGAAUCUGGAGAGGCUGCCUGAGAGUCUGAGACCCCAGCCGCCUCACGACAUGGCCACAGGCUUCCACUUGCCGAGAUCGUCAGAGACUAGAGAUCCGAUUGAGAAUUCUGCUAGUGAAUCAUCUGACACUGAAAUUCCAGAGAAGGAUAGAAGUGUGGAACCCAAGAGUGAAGAUGGGAACGUGGAGGACCCCUCCAAGAAGAAGAAGCAGCGGAGACAGAGGACUCACUUCACCAGCCAGCAGCUGCAGGAGCUGGAGGCCACCUUCCAGAGGAACCGCUACCCAGACAUGAGCAUGAGAGAGGAGAUAGCAGUGUGGACCAACCUGACCGAGGCCAGAGUCAGGGUAUGGUUCAAAAAUCGCAGAGCUAAGUGGAGAAAGAGGGAGCGCAACCAACAGAUGGACCUGUGUAAAAAUGGCUAUGUUCCCCAGUUCAGUGGCUUGAUGCAGCCCUAUGAUGACAUGUACGCUGGCUACCCAUACAAUAACUGGGCUACUAAGAGUCUGACUCCUGCUCCACUCUCCACCAAAGGCUUCACCUUCUUCAACUCCAUGAGUCCAUUGUCUUCUCAAUCCAUGUUCUCAGGCCCAAGUUCCAUCUCCUCGAUGAGCAUGCCAUCCAGCAUGGGUCACUCAGCGGUACCAGGCAUGCCAAACUCCAGCCUAAACAACAUCAACAAUCUUAAUAACAUCAGUGGGUCUUCCCUCAAUUCAGCUAUGUCUUCUACUGCUUGCCCCUAUGGACCUCCUGGUUCCCCUUACACCGUUUAUAGAGACACUUGUAACUCCAGUUUGGCCAGCCUCAGACUUAAAUCCAAGCAGCAUUCAACUUUUGGAUACAGCAGCUUACAAAGUCCAGGAUCUAGCUUGAAUGCGUGUCAGUAUAACAGUUGAUGGACUGAGCUGCAAAAGUAAAUGGUGCCCUGUGGACUUUUGCCUUCAGUAUGGACCAGAGCAGAGACUUUUUUCUUUUUCUUUUUGCAAGAGAUACCAAGCCUAAUUACAUGGAUGAGUUGCAAUGUUCUCUCUGGAUUAUGCGGGUUGUAUGUACUUGAACUUGCACAGGAUUUUUUUUUUCCAAUGUCCACUUUAUAGAGAGAUUUUUAGAGGAAAUGUUUUCCAAAAAAAAUUUUUUUUUUUUUUUUUUGGUGGUAAUCAAAAAAGAAAACAAAAAAACAAAGGGGGGAGCUGUUUUGUGGUAUACACUGAGAUUGGUGACCAUUUAAGCGCUGCAAAACAGGAAUUUGCAGGAUUUAGGGGGAGAGGCUGGAGAAAGGUAAAUAUUAAACUAUUAGGUAUUAAAAUUAAACAAUAAGGGUUAACCACUUAAAAAGGUUAUAUGUAAAUAUAUAAAUAUAUAUAUGUACAUUCAUAUAUAUAAAAUUUGUUGUUAUAUUGUGUCCAAUGAUUGUGCACCACAGUUUAAUAAACUGCUUUGAAACGCAUGAUCUUGAUGUUUGUCCAGUUAAAAAAAAAAAAGAUUUAAUUGUCUGAAAGUUAGAUGCAAGAUCCCCCUGCCAGAAUGGGAACACUCGGAAGCCCCUCAGCAACCCAGUGGGGGGGGUUUCUCUAAAAAAAAACGCCUUUAACUGCGACUUCUUCUACCCCAAAUGAUCAUCAAUCUUGUAUUUAUGCUAUGCUUAGAUCACUCGAUCACCCUUACUUAUCUGCAGUUUUGUUUAACUCCUCAUGUAUCUACAGUAUGAUAUGUAAAAUAAAAGAAAUACACGAAUAACCCGAGACUCCUGAUAGUGUAUAAAAAAGACAUUUUGAGCAUAAGAAUAAGUGAAUUUGUUUGCCAGCUUCCAAAAAGUUUUUAUUUGUUUCAUUUAAGUGUGGUAAAGAUAAAAAUAAAUAAUAAUAAUUAAUAUUAUUAUGUUCAAAUGUAUUUAAAAACUUUUUUAAUGUGGUUUGAUUUCUUUUAAAAGCAUAAAUAUGAUCUUUAAUUAUUAAGACGCAUAUAUUUUAAUUGCGGACCUAUCUGUGGCUUAAAAUUGUCAUUUCAUAGACGACGAGGAUUUUGUUUUAAUAAAAUGCACAAAGUUUCAACGAUAGUCUCUCACCUCCGUCCCCCGUUCCCCCCAACCUCCCUCUCACCCCAUUCUUUAUUCUCAGUGUAUUUGUACACCUGUGGUAACGGUAACGUGGAUGUGUGGAUGUGUAAUAAUGUUGUUGUGGAUAAGAAUGCUGUGUCAUUUUGUUUUUAUAACUUAUGUUUUUUGUUUAUUUUUUGUGAAUACUUUUUUUUAUUAUAUUUUUUUUUCCAAAAAUUAUGAGCAUGGGAAUAAAAACAGAUUUAAGCAAA